AUGAAGUUGCUAAUGUUGGCAUGCUGCUAUUAUAUCUUGGGCAUGGGGAUCCGAUUCAAUUUUUCUUUCUUCAAUCCCAUCAACUCACAUCGGCUAAACAUCUUGUUCAAGAGCUCACCAUUUCCCAACGUCGCCUUGACCCUUGCGCCUCUACUUUUCUCUGAUACUGACUACUAUGGUUUCCUAGGAAUCUCUCACAUCAUGCCUUCCACAAAUUUCCCCGCCGGCUCCGUUGAGGAGGCCGUGCAAGAAGCCCAAUCUGCCCUUGCCGAUUACCUCGACCUCGAUCUCACGUUCGAGAAGGCCCAAGCCGAACUUGCCAAAUGGGAGGCAAUCAGGGAUCAGCCCGCCGCCGCCCAAGCGGCGAUUGACGCUGGGAAGGAGGAGAAGAAGAAGAAGAAGAAGAAGAAGGAGAAGGCAACUAUCAUUAUGAUAUUUCUAUAG